CCGGAGAAAAGCAGACGACGAGGGACUUUCUGAAUUACCACGUAAUCGUUUUUAUUUAACAUCAAGUAUGAAGGAAACUACUAAAUAUAGCUCAGAAAUACCCAAUGAUAUGAAUGUAUGCAUUGUCCAAAGUGAAACCGAAAGAGAUAGCUGCGUGUCGUGUGACAAUAAUGUCUAAUUCUGAGUGCAAGGCGUGAGCUAAGUGCAGGCUAUAGUAUACAGUUGUAGUAUUAGUACGUCACGGUGUACGGUCGGAAGUGAGUGGUUCAUCUUGUGGCCUACGAAGUACUCAGAUUAACAUCGGAUUUGCGCAGUUACAAUACAAGAUCCUUAUAUCAAGAAGCAGACAUUUUUGCAAUCAGAGUAUUCUCCUAGACAGACCUUUUGGUUCCAGACGGAUGCUCCAAAUGGAAGGCUUUGAAAUAUCAAGUGAUCUGCUCUUGGAUCAGCAGGGCAUGGAGAGUCAGACAGUUUUCCAGACGCUGUUGAGGAUGCAGUCUACACAAUCUCUUUCUACAUCAGUUGGGACACAGCAAAUGCAACUCAUCAAUGGUCAGGUGGCAAAUGGUCAGGUACCAUAUGGUCUACCACUAAAUGGUCAGGCAUUAAAUGGUCAGAUGGCAAAUGGUCAGUUACCUUAUGGUCUGCCACUAAACGAUCAGGUGGCAAAUGGUCAGGUACCACAUGUUCUGCCACUAAAUGGUCAGGUGGCAAAUGGUCAGGUACCACAUGUUUUGCCACUAAAUGUUCAGGUGGCAAAUGGUCAGGUGGCAAAUGGUCAGCCCAGAUUACAGAUGCCUCAAAUGGUCCCAAACCAUCCUCAUCAGUCACUGCCUUACCUGCAGACAGCACAACAAGGUGAACCUUACAAUUACCUGCAGCUGAGUAUUGAGGCAACCUCUGACCUGAAUCCCCAACAUCAACAGCAACAGCAAGAACAACAACGGCAGUUACUUCCGCCAGCGCCACAUACAUGUAGAUCUCAAGCUCAGACCAACCAAUUGCUUCCUUCACAAGCAAUACAACCACCUCAGUAUUUACCACAGGCUCCUCCCCAGCAGGUGCAACCUCAUCAGCAGACCAAUCCAGAUGGUGCUGACAUGGAUGAUUUGAUGUCUAUCAUUGGUUCUGUGUCAGCCGAUGUCUUACAUGACACCUACAUGUAUAUUGAUCCAAUCCUGGAUAAACUUCAAGCAGAUGGAGCAAAUGGGCAGGAUGCUGAGGAUAUGCCAGUCCCAAAUCCAAUCCAGGCUCCUAAUAAUAAGACCAUCACUGUAGGACCAACACCUCCAAUGACUCAAGCACUGCUAGUUGAGGGAAAUUCUAAUGCCAUAGCAACAGCAGUGAAGGCUGCAGGAGAUUCAAGGUUCAAUCAAGCAGCAUGUAUCCCUCACGGUGGUGUAUCCAUGGCAACUGUGGACAACACGGCCAAUCAAGUUGCUCAACCUGCAGACCAUGUGGCUCAAAUGGGGCUGACAGAUGUCCCUGUGGUGGUCUCAGCUGCAUCUCCAAGCAACUCUACGCACCAAGUUCCUUCUGCUGUUGCCAAGGGUACCACUGUUACAAUCGUGGAUAAUCCUGUAGGGAGUCCCACAUGCUCAAGUACUUCAUCAAGCAAAGAUGUGCCAGAGAGCUCCAGUGCUCAAGCAACCAAGCCGAAGACUGCAAAACAAAAGCGGAAAACCAAAGCCAAGUCCAAGAGAGCUGCUAACCAGAUGUCUUCAUUAGAAACAAAAGAAAAAAAGCCCAAAACAGAUGAUGCUGAAGUUACAAACAUAUCUGAUGAUGAACUAACAAAUAAGAGACAGCUCAAUGUACAACUCUUCUACCAGUUUCGUUCACUGAGCAAAGGGAAACAAGGAACAAAGGUCAACAGCCGUGAUGGAUGUUUGGUGUUUCACAAGAAACCCUAUCAUUUUCAAGAUGCCAGCCUUGACAUUGCUGAUAUAGAGUUUCCGAUGUUUGAGUCACCCCAAGACAACGAGCCAGAUGGUGACAAUAAGUCAUGUCAGAGUAAGGGGCAUAGAACAUGUAAACUGCACUUUCCAGGUCUGAAUAUUGAGCCGAUGGAAAUCACCAAGAAACAGAUGGAUACCACAAAGGAUUUGUUAGAUGCCCUGUCCAAAGGGAUUCACAUAUCUUGUGAUAAUGAUGGGAACAUCUUUGCGAGGCGUUUUUGUCGGAGUCAUGUCUACUGCUACUCUACUGUACCAGGGGAAGGAUUCGAACGGGUCAGUGUGCAAAACAACAGCUCUAACGAAGGGAAUCGUGAACGCUAUGUCAAGAAACUUACACAGGAUGAGUUUGUUAAGGUAUUUGAUGGAAACAAAUUUCAGAAGAUACUAACUUAUUUUUCUUGUUCCAGUCAAAUGAAACUCAGUCCUUGCCCAGUUGUCUAUUUCACAUUUGGCCAGCCUUGGGAGCCCAAGAAGCCACUGAGUAACUGCUUGAUAUACCUGAAAGUCACUCAGAAAUCUGCCAGAGAAAUGCGCCGUGAUCUUAAGGGCGGUGAAGACGAUUCCUUCAAUUGCAAUGAAGUGGACCUGGAGGAAUCCAUGUCCACUUUAUGCUUGUCUUCUGGCCAAGAUGGACCUUCAGGGCAGGCUGCUCAGCCAAAGCCAAAUGAGAAAUGAGUAGUACAUGGACAUGUUGUGUGGGCGGGGGUAGGGGAGAGGUACCAUUAUGGAGCAUAUUUGGGAUAUUUUUAGAUAUCUACACAUGCGCGCUUAAAAUCCUGGAAGAAUUAAAGUUGUCUGCAAUGUUCACCCUGAACAGAUAGACAGACAGACAGACAGACAGAUAGACAGACCAAUAUUAGCUGUCUGAGCUUUGAUCUCCUAUUAUCUGAAAGCCACAUAGAGAAUCAUCUGAGCUUCAUCUGAGCUUCUUGACUUUUCACAAAUCAUCAGUUCUGUCCUGGCUCCAAAAUACCAAGAGUUGAUGGGAGUUUAUGAUAAAUCCUCAGUUACAGUGUGGAAGAUUUGACAUUACUUAGAUUCAAAAUUACUUCUUUUGGAGAUGUUUCAUUAGACACUUACAAUAAACGCUAAUGACAUCCUAACAUGGCUUCCUUCUUGGCACAAACUGUCACUGUAACCUUUGGUACAAGAUGUCUCUUAACAUAUUCAACAAGAAAUUUAUUUUGAGAAUUUUGUAGAGCACCUACCGGUAGAGAAAGUAAACCUUGGCGUGAAGUUGCUGUAUUUUAACCUGAAAUAAAGCAAUGUAUUAUAGAUCAUAAACUGAUAAGGAUAUAUCUUGGUGGUGGUGCAGUCAUUUACCUGUUAUCAGAAAAAAAUGUCUUUACUGGGGGGGGGGGGGGGGGGGUGCUGGCCCCGCACUUUUAGGGGUAAUGACCCCCCCCUUUGGCAGGUCAUUUAAUGGCAGAUGCCUGAUGGUCUCAUAUAGAGGGAUUUCACAUUAGUGCCGUCUGCACAUAUCUGCAUCGAGACCGAGG